AUGGCCGCGGCCGCGAUGCUCAAACUCUCCUUGGGCCUUGUUCUCAUGUACUUUGCCGAGUCGACGGCGUACCGAGCACCCAACCUCGGCAGACUCGGCAGAGGCCGCCUCGGCAUAACCACGGCGUCUGGUGACGGCGCAGCCUCCGUGCUGCGUACUACUCGCGCCGCUUCGAUGUCGGCUCGGACCACUGCGAUACGCGCAGAGAAGCCCACGGCGCUGCUGCACGCCGCCGCGCUCGGCGCCGGCACCGCCUGCAUGGGCACCCUGUACGCACGCUGCCUUCGUUUCGCGGUGACUCUCGUCUGGCGCAGGCUGCCGGCCGCACUGCCGCUGGCGGACGCAACGCUGUUUGUACCGGCCGCCUGCACCGUGGGCGGCCUGCUCGUCGGGCUGACCGCGCUGCGGCUGCAGGGCUACACGAUGCCGGAGCUCAUCGCUCGGUACCAGGACGAGGCGGGCGCGCCGGGCGGCGCCUCGCCCGCGGCGUCCGUGCUGCCGGUGCUGCUGCUCUCGCUGCUGACGUCCACCUUCGGCUUCUCGGUCGGUCCGGAGGCGCCGAUGGUGGUGGCGGGAAGCCUGGUCGGCGCGGCGUACGCGCGGCGCGUGUACGGCGCCGGAGAGCACGCGAUGGCCCGCACCAUGGCCUACGCCGGCGCGGCGGGCGCGCUGACGACCUUCAUCGGCAUGCCGCUCGCCGGAGCGCUCUUCGUGCUCGAGCUCACGCGCGCCUCGUCGGGGCUCCACCCGGAGGCGUACGCCGCGCUCACGCCCGCC